AUGCCCGAGCGCGGGAGCGACAGGACAGAGAUAAACAACGUAUACACCAGGCCACGAGAUUUUACCCAUGUAUCGCGGACCGUCCUGCGCAGCGAGCAGGCAAAGCGGUGGACGAAGCGCUAUCGGACCGAGAUAGCUGCCAGCUCCAGCAGUCUGCUCUCUACCUUCGUCGCGUACCCUCUCGACUCGGUCAAGACACGACUGCAAGCAUACAAGUUCAACUCCUUCACCGACUGCUUGCGCCACACAUACAAAACGGAAGGCUUUCACGGAUUCUGGCGCGGCGUGCUGUCACCCCUCGCAAGCAUAACCCUCGUUCGCACCGUGUCGUUCUCUAUAUACCAGAAAUCCAAGUACGCGCUCGAUGAUUGGAUCUACCAGGCUACCGGCAGCUCGCCCCUCGUCAUUGCGAAUACCAAAGAUGCAUUGCCUACGCUGUCCACUGUUACUUGCUUUGGUGUUUCAGGCGCAACCGCUGGUGCAAUCAUCACGACAAUUGCUUGUCCUUUCGAGCUGACAAAGCUGAGCGCCCAAAUCUCCGUGUUGAUGGCAGAUCGCAAGGACGGCUCCGGUACGAACGACGCUAUUCGUAAGAGCUACCAAAACCUUGGCACAUUCAGGACGGCGCAGAAUCUUGUCCGGCAACGGGGCUGGAUGGGGCUGUACUCUGGAUUUCAUUUGCAUUUGCUUCGAGAUACGAUCGGUACCGGUAUCUACUUUGUCACGUACGAGAGUGUAAAGCAACUCCUAGCGAAUGCUCGUGGAAGCUCUCCCACUACGCCCUUGGCCGUCGUCGUCGCCGGUGGAUUGUGUGGGCUGGUCAGCUGGGCAUGUAUCUUCCCCAUCGACACCGCGAAAAGCAUCUACCAGCGGAACUGUCUUGUGGGUGGUAGAGACAAGGCGGUGAGACCGAAGAUCCAGUUCAUGAAUCCCCGGAUGUAUCGCGGUAUGUCUUCAACCUCCCUCGCCAGUGUGGACCGUGUUCUAAUGAGCUACUCAGGUCUCGGAGUCUCCAUGAGCCGCUCGGCUGUUGUCAACGCCAUUUUCUUUACUGCAUUUGAAUUUUCCAAGAAGCGCAUCAACCACAUGCGGGUCGACGAGGAGCUUCUUCGCGAGCACGGUUUGUGA